AUGGUUGAAGAUGAGCAUGAUCUGUGUUCAGAGAAUAUGGUGGCCAUGGUCGAGAGAUUGGAGCAGUCGGAGGUGGUGAAGUGUGGUGGGUACGUACUGGCCGGUGGUAGUGAUGAGGAUAUGAGAGUGGUGGAGCCAAGCUUCUGCAAUGUGGUUGAAGCUGUGAUUGUUGCUCCACUCUUAGCCAACAGAACUGGCCCUUUCCGGAGAUUAUCUGUGGAGUUUUUCGGGUCAUUGGAACGUCAUAUUGAACCUGGAUACUGGAUAUUUCUAUAUGCAAUAAUGAAUUGGCCAACAAAAUAUCCGAUUGAGUUCGAUGAAGGAUGGAGAUGUAUUGAGGAGGGGAUUUCAAAGCUAAAGAUGAUUGCGGAAGGAACACAUCGUCCAUUCACAGCUGAAGAACACAUGACUCUUCAUACAGUGGUCUUUGACAUGUGUACUCAGAGGCCCCCUUAUGAUCAUAGUCAACAGCUUUAUAUCAAAUACCGAAAUAUAGGUGAAGAAUGCAGGGAGAGAUGUGAAAAAUACAGUGUGCCAAUGAAUCAGGAUGAUGAGUUUAUUUUGUGGGACCUUGUCCAUAGAUGGGCACAUUAUAAAAUUGCGGUUAAUACAGUGCCGCGCAUCUUUCAUUAUCUUCAUCGCUACUAUAUGCCUCGUAGGUCACUUCCUGGAAUAAAUGACAUUGUUGGACCUAACUGCUUCCGUGAUUUGGUUUAUCAGAAAGCAAAUGUUAAUGUGAGAGUUGCUGUAAUCAAUCUUAUUCGUAAAGAACGUGAGGGAGAGAAAAUUGACAGUGAACUUUUGAAGAAGGUGAUAAAUGCAUAUAUUGAAAUUGGAAUGAAAAGAAUGCAUACUUAUGAACAGGAUUUUGAAGCACACAUGCUAAGAGAUACAGGUGAAUACUAUUCUCAUAAAGCAUCUAGUUGGAUUUUGGCAGAUUCAUAUGCAGACUAUAUGUGGAAGGCCGAGGGAUGCUUGAGAAAGGAGAGGGAUAGAGUUUCUCAUUACAUGCAUUCAAGCAGUGAGCAGAAGCUGUUGGACAAAGUCCAACAUGAGUUGUUUGAUCCUCUUGCUGAUGUAUUUAAACAGCAAGUUGCUAUAGAAUGUACAAAUUUGGUACACCUGGUUGAAGAUGCUGCAGAAAACCAGGCUUCUUCUAAUGAAGCAGACAUGCUGGAACAGGUUCUUGUCAGGAAAUUAAGUGAGGUGCAUGUUAAGUAUGUGAAAUAUGUCAAUGAUUGCUUCAAGAACUACUUUCACUUUCAGAGGGCUCUAUUUGAGGCUUUUGGGGAAUUUCGUGAUAGAGUUUCUUCUGGAUUUCUUGCUUUACUUAGAGAGGAUAAGAUGGAGGAUCUUUUACUGAUAUAUAAACUUUACCAUAAAGUACCUGGAGGCCUGGAACCUUUUGCUAAUUUAUUUAAACAGUGUGUUACUGCUCAAGGUACAGCCUUGAUUAAACAGGCUGAUAAUAUUGCAAAUAAUCAGGCUUUAAAUGGAGCAGGCAUGCAGGAACAGGUCCUUAUUAGACAAUUACUUGAGCUGCACACUAAGCAAAUGGCAUAUGUCAAUGACUGCUUUAUGAAUCACUCCCUAUUUCACAAAGCUCUUCAUGAGGCUUUUAAGGUAUUUUGCAAUUCAAGUGCUGAAGUUCUUGCGGCAUUCUGUGAUAAUAUCCUGAAAAUCAAUGGGAAUGACAAAUUGUGUGGUCAUCAGGACAUAGAAGCAAUUCUUGAGAAGGUUGUUACGACGUUGCUUCGCUAUGUCAGUGACAGAGACCUCUUUGCAGAGUUCUACAGGAUAAGACUUGCUCGCCGUCUUUUGUUUGAUCGGAGUGCCAACAAGGACCUUGAAAAUAGUAUAUUAACAAAGAUGAAACAGCAAUAUGGGGAGCAGUUCACCUCAAAGAUGGAGAGAAUGGUUAAAGAUGUCAUUUUAUCUCGGGAAUGGCAGACAACAUUCAAGGAAUAUCUUCGCAGCAAUCCAGAUGCAAAUCUAGGGAUGGAUGUGACAGUCACUGUUCUUUCAACUGGUUUCUGGCCAAGUUAUAAAUCAAUUGAUGUUAACCUUCCUGCAGAGAUGGUGAAGUGUGUUGAAGUUUUCAAGGGGUUCUAUGCAUCAAAAACCAAACACAGAAAACUUACAUGGGUUUACUCAUUGGGCACGUGCAACAUCAUUGGGAAGUUUGAGCCAAAAGCGAUUGAAUUAGUUGUGUCAACCCAUCAGGCUGCUCUUCUGCUACUAUUCAAUACUGCUGAUUCUUUGAGCUAUUCAGAAAUCGCAACUCAGUUAAAUCUCAAUCAUGAUGACUUGGUCAGAAUCCUUCAUUCACUUUCAUGUGCCAAGUACAAGAUCCUCAUUAAGAAUACAGAUGCAAUGACAAUCUUGCCAAAUGACGAAUUUGAGUUCAAUUCAAAGUUCACAGACACAAUGAGGAGAAUUAAGAUUCCUCACCCCCAAGUAGUGGAUGAAGCAAAGGAGGUAAAAAAUGGUGUUAACAAAGACAGGCGAUAUGCUAUUGAAGCUGCAAUCGUGCGGAUUAUGAAGGAGCAGAAAGUUUUGGGUCAUCAGCAAUUGGUUCUGGAGUGUGUUGAGCAGUUGAGACAGACUUUCAAGCCUAACAUCAAAUCCAUUAAGGGGCGCAUUCAAAAUCUCAUCGAUCGUGAGUACCUGGAAAGGGACCAGAAAAACUAUAACUUGUACCGGUACGUUGCGUGAUGCUAUCAUGUGCUGGUCUUUUAGAAGUUUACCUGUUCAAUUCAUUUUUCUGCAAUAAUUCACCAAAAGAGUGAGCUUGAAAUAAAGAACAUUUAUACUUUACA